AUGUUUUCUUCAUGCCCACCUCUCUUGAUGUCUACGUAUUUGUCUAUCAGUGAAUUCUUUGUCCUGAACAAUUCGCUUCUUCUAUCUAUCUAUCUAUCUAUCUAUCUAUCUAUCUAUCUGUCUGUCUGUCUGUCUUCUCCAUCUCGUCUUCUGUCCCUUUUGUUGGCUAUGGCAGCCUUACCCUCUUCGCUUUUUUUUACCUCACGUUUCCUUGAUUUUUGCCAAUCUAUCAUGCCAAAAAAUCUCUUUCGCCUUUUUCUCUCAAUUCUUUCUUUCUUUUUUUCUUUCUUUUUGCUUAAACUUCACUUUUUGACGACAAAAGAUAAGGCCAGUGUGAGUAAGAAAAACUUAUCUUUCCUCUUUUAUUUCUAUCUCUCUACUAAACUUUUCUCUUUUUGUUCUUAUUUUCCUUUUCUUUCGACUGUCUUUAUUUCAUCAACAACCCCAAAUUCAUCAGACACCCUUGUCGCUUUUGCACAUACUUUUUUUUUUUUUACUUUUCUCUCUCGUUCGCUUUUCUUUAGUUAUUCACUGAAGUCAACGUGCAUUGUGGUCGUGUCUUUUCCAGUCUGUUUGUUCCCAAUGGAACGAUUGUGUCAGCCAGGCCAGCCUUCUGUAGACUGGCAUCCGACUGUGCACAUUGUGUGA